AACUCUCCUUAUUUAUACUUCUCUUCUUAGAAAGAGGAGAGGGGAGGGGGAAAAAAGAGGCUACACCAUACAAUAUUAUUCAUCAUCUUCUUCACACAUUUCUCCUUCUUCUCUACUCUUGGGUUCCAUAACCCAACAACUAUCUCCAAUUUUUCCUUUGAUUUUUCAUCCUCCAUAUUCGUCAUUACUUUUGGAGGAUUCAUCAUUUUUCCUAAUCCGGAAGCAACUGUGGAUUUCCUUGAUCCACUGUAAAAGGUGGUCGCUAGUUGCCCCCGUUGGGUGCGGGUGACUGCAACGGCGACUCCAUUCUCUCGCCACCAAGUACAGCGUUGCUCUCAGUUCGUCGGACGAGGUCAUCGGCGCCGAAUGCAGUAUUGCUCUCAGAUCCUGAGUGCUGCAACCAGAUCCGGACCAGUGACGUUCCUGAAAAGCGAACCAAGUGCCGCUAGAAGUAGCAGAUAGCAGAUCCAAAAACGGAGAGGAGUACACCGUUGAUAAUUGGUGAAUCUCCAUCUUCCUAGACCUGCCAAUGUUGAAUAACAAUCAACCGUCCUUCAAUACAUACGCAAUUGGACAGCGAACUGCAGCUGCUGUCUUUGGGCGUCGGCUGCGUGACCUGGUUGAUGACGAGAACCCCGGAUUAUCUAGUGCGUCUGUAGGAUUUGUUUGGAAAAUCCAAACAAAUGUGGUCCAUUCCUUUUCUUAGUUGAGGAUUUAUCCUCUGGCUGCUGCAAUUUAUCUCCUAGCCGCGGCUGGCGGCAAACCCAUGACUGCCGUCUCCACCAACUCUCCGGCAAUAGCUGUAGAUCGGGCAGCCCAACCAGGGCUAGCAGCAACGGACUCAGACGGAGCUGGAAGAGACGCGACCCGAGCUAAAUUCGACCCGACCCGGCGAAGCUCUAGCGGCGGUCCAGCUGUUCCAGGUUUGACGGUGGUCAAGGGCGAGGCAGUGCCUGCGGUCCACGAAUCCGUCGGGUUUCCAGGACCAGCAACCAGUGGCACGACCUGCAGUCCCUGUCGCUGAUGAGAAGUCGCCGUGAAGACCCCAGCGCGUGCUCCCUCCUUUCCGAUUGGAACUUGGAGUUGCUGCCCCGGACGCUCUUUUAAUGCAGUUGGAGCUUGAAUCUUUUUAUUUUGCACCGUCUCCUCCAGCGGAGCUGAGCGUGCUCAUCCGCCGCCGCCGGGUGGUGCUUAUUCACGUGCAAGCUGGGGAAAGAACUUCAGUUUUUUCUAUGUACAGUAGAGUGGGGGAUUCACUAACGUGGUGGAUUUCCCUUGGUAGAUCUCGCCUCGGAAGCUCACCCCCAUUUUCUAGAACGGUCAAUAGCCGAUUUGCUUGGUUAAAACCAGUGACCAGAGCAAACCUCAGAUCUCUUGUGCGAAAGUUGAGAUUCGCAUAAUAAACAAUUUUAUUUGUUGAAGGCUUGUGAAUCGAUCCACUUGAAAAUUGAUGAUUCUUAGAGCGGCUCAAUCGUCACUAAACUGGAUGAAUAGAGGAUGGCCACUGGAAGCUUCGAACCACCGACCGAGAAUGGAGCUGGGCAGAUCCUUGUUUGGAUUGAAGACCUAGAGGUGAUGGCAUGCAGGGACCUGGUGGAGGAUGCUUUGGGUCUCUCGGGCCGGAAUUCUGAGGUCGAUGGCAAUCCAAUCCGGCAGGAGAAACACAAUUGGAAUUCGAAGUGGAGUUCCUCCCAACCUGUGAUAACAGGCGGCGACACCUGAUGGCGGUCACAUAUCCCUUGCAGCGGCGGCCCGAAUCUAGCGCAAGAAUUGGGAUUCUUGAAGUCGCACACAGCCACUCCCCGGUGCUCCCUUCAAACGACGACCCACCGCCGGAUCACCGUUAGCAGAACCAAUAUGCUAAUGGACAAAAACCCCCUGGGUACGUUUUCCCAGUUUCUGUUACCAAGUUCGGGCCGGCAAACAAACAGACAUCUUGCGUGGUAGGGAAACAGACUAUGGGUCAACGUUGUAUUUUCCAGGUGCUGCCAUCAGAACAUAUCUUUUGGAAAGAUCUCGUGUGUGCCAGGUGUCUGACCCUGAAAGAAACUAUCAUUGUUUCUAUAUGCUUUGUGCGGCACCACCAGAGGAUGCCAUUUUUAGAGUUGUGGCUGCAAUACUUCACUUGGGCAACAUUGAAUUUGUGAAGGGAAGCGAGCCUGAUUCUGCAGAACCUAAGGAUGAUCAGUCUCGCUUCCAUCUUAAAACUGUGGCUGAACUUUUCAUGUGUGAUGAGAAGUCAUUAGAGGAUUCUUUAUGUAAGCGUAUCAUUGUAACUCGUGAUGAGAAGAUAACAAAAUGUCUGGAUCCCCGAGCUGCUUCUAUCAGUAGAGAUGCUUUGGCAAAAACUGUCUACUCUAAACUGUUUGAUUGGCUUGUUGAAAAGAUUAAUAAAUCUAUUGGCCAAGAUCCCGAUUCUCAGUUGUUGAUCGGGGUUCUUGAUAUUUAUGGAUUUGAGAGUUUCAAGACAAACAGGUGCUUAGCUGUUUCGAACAGUUUUGCAUUAAUUUGACCAAUGAAAAGUUACAGCAUUAUUUCAACCAGCAUGUCUUCAAAAUGGAGCAAGAAGAGUACACCAGAGAAGAAAUUAAUUGGAGUUAUAUAGAGUUUGUUGAUAACCAAGAUAUUCUUGAUCUUAUAGAAAAGGUUGUCUACUAGUUUUGCUUGACGCUUACAAGCCUUGCUUACUCCUUGUAGCAUGUUCCCAAGGUCGACACAUGAGACCUUCGCUGAAAAGCUUUAUCAGUCCUUCCGAGACCACAAACGCUUCAACAAGCCAAAGCUAUCACGGACUGACUUCACUAUUGUCCAUUAUGCUGGUCACAUACCAAACUGAGUUAUUCUUGGAUAAGAACAAAGACUAUGUCAUUGCAGAACACCAAGAACUUCUCAGUUCUUCAGGGUGCUCUUUUAUCUCAGGCUUGUUCUUAC